UACGAUUUCGGAGAAAAUUUUGGAUCAACUUCGCACCUUUUGUUCGCCGGCUUAAAAUCUUACAAUUAAUUGUUUCCCAAAAAGUAUAAAAACAAAACCCCGACUUUUGAAUCAAAGUAAAUCAAAAAUGAGAACACUCGUAGUUUUACUCUUGGUGUUGUACACAUCAGACGCCUCCUCCUUGAACGAAAAGUGGGAAAACUUCAAGCAAAAACAUGGACGUAAUUUCCUGUUUUCGAAAGAGGAAUUUUUCCGAAAAUCACUCUUCCAAAAAAAGUUGCAAGAAAUCGAAGACCACAACGAACGGUACAGAAAAGGACUCGAAACGUACGAAAUGGGGAUUAAUAAAUUUAGUGACUACACGGACGACGAGCUGUUUUCAUACACCCAUGGGCUCCAACUACCAUCCGAACUACCAGAACCCAUCAUUAAAAUUUCCCCAAACGCCACUCUAUCACUAUCACGGGCAGGACUUCCAAGUUCUUUCGACUGGCGGAGCAGGGGAGUGAUAACACCGGUAAAAAACCAACGUAAUUGUGGCUCUUGUUGGGCGUUUUCCACCAAUGGAGCCCUCGAAGCCCAUUACAAAAUCCGCCGAGGUUCUGUGGUCACCCUCAGCGAGCAACAACUCGUAGACUGCGUCCGCCAGGCUUUUGGGUGUAGAGGUGGGUGGAUGACUGAUGCUUACAUGUACAUUGCUCGAAACGGUGGAAUAAACCUCGACCGAAACUACCCUUACAAAGCCAGCGCUGGUCCAUGUCGCUUCCAAGCAUCUAAACCAAAAGUAACAAUUCGCGGGUACGCUUAUCUCACUGGACCCAACGAAGAAAUGUUAAAACACAUGGUGGUCACCCAAGGACCGGUGUCUGUAGCGAUUGAUGCAAGUGGGCGCUUUGCCAGUUAUGGUGGAGGAGUGUACUAUAAUCCUUCCUGUGCUAGGAAUAAAUUCACCCAUGCUGUGGUCAUUGUGGGGUAUGGGAGGGAAAAUGGACAGGAUUACUGGUUGGUGAAAAACUCCUGGGGGAGGGACUGGGGACUCGGGGGGUACAUCAAAAUGGCCCGGAAUCGGAACAACCACUGCGGGAUUGCCAGCAAGGCCAGCUAUCCUGUUUUCUAAUUAGUGUUAUCCAAAACUGUGUGGUUCACCCAGACAUAGCUCAACUCAAUUAAAAAUAAAAUUACAAAUUAGAAUAGAGUUUUUAACUUUUAAAACAGAGUGAAUAAAUUUAUUUAAACGUAGGACAUUCGGGCAAAGGUCUAAAAUUACUUUGAAAACACAGUAAAUAAUUUUAUUUGAGCGUAGGACCCUUGGCUUAAUUCUACUUAAAUAUACUAGUUUAAGAAUAAGAAAUAAAUUUUUUUAAUGCAUAUUCAAGUUAAAUUAUUGAAACUAACUUUUGGUUUCAAAAAAGCUGAAUCAUUCUUUUCUAUGGCUUACAAUGAUUUUUCAAAAAAUCAAAAUCACAUCCUGUCACUUGACAUGGUCGAAGUGCUUUAAGAGAUAAACCACUUGAGAUAAAUUUAUCCGAAAAGAAGCAGUUGACAACAGGUUUAUGCACUCAUUAAACUGUAUUUCGGCAAUGAAAGUUUGUAUUUGCUUCGCUUUAUUGCUCAGCUGCGCCCAUUCGAGUGAUUUCCAAAAAUGGGAAAACUUUAAA